AUGGAUAAGGCUAUGGACGAGAAAUUCAAUCGACUGAAUCUCUUGCUACAGGGCGAUGAGGACCUUCAACAUGUGAACACUCAAAUCAGCACGAGAAUGAAGGCCAGAAAGAAAGUUUCCGCACCGGGUCUCCAAGACGAAGAAACUAAGGUGAGCACUCUCGAGCCAAUCCUUGCUGGAUCUCAAUUGAGCAAGGGAUACGUCCGGAAAAUUCCCAAGGGCCAAAAUACGAGAGCUAACCAAUGGAUUGAAUGGACACAGGAAGAGGCAAUCGCAAGCUCACCGGACAACAGCCCUUCAUGGUGCUCCGCUCAAGGAAUCUUUCCAAAGACCAUCGAUCUCGCCUCAUCUUAUUGUCCGGUACUUGCGUUGAGAAACAUUCCCCACAAGUUUUUUGAUGAUGAAGCCCGUAACAAAGCUCUCGCCAAGUUCUUUGAAACAAAAACCCUCUUUGACAGAACCUGGACGCUCCAUUAUCUUUCACUUCCACCGGGAUGUCGCGGCAAAAGGCUGCUACUUUUGGUGCCUCUGAAAGAGGCAUACGACUACCUGCAAGAGGUCAACACGUCCCUGUCAUGCGAAGUGGCUAUAACGGAAGACAAGGGUGAGGGUUUCUUUCUUCAAUUUGACGAUUCGGAUUUCCCCAGGCCUACGCUUCUAGGGGUUUCAAGCUCACUCAAGACAAUGGAGGGGCUUGUAAUCGACAAGUCUCGCAGAAUCACGGGCUCUUGGGCGGAUUGGAUGUCCAGUCACCAACCGGCGGUACUGAAAGACCUUGAAGCGAAGAUCGGCGAUGCCCUUUACGCAGAGAAGAAUUUGGGACGCAAGGGGAAGAAGGGGAAGAAGAAGCGACUCAACGUACUGGAAUACGCACGUGCGGGGGCUGAAUGCAUAGAUCGCCUCCAGCAGUAUUUCGGACUACGACCCACAGGUGCAGGAAUCGGGAUAAGCAUCUCACCGGUAGACGUGGACAGCCCUGCCCCAUGGGUGUAUCCAGAUGGACCGAUCUUUUUCAGCGUGGAUGUCGAGUGGAAAGAAAGAAACGCAACUCAUGUGACGGAAAUAGGCAUCUCGAUUCUGGACACACAGGAGCUACGGGGUCACCAUCCGGGACUCCAUGGUACAAAGUGGAUGAGCAAGAUUCGAUCGCAUCAUUUGCGUGUAUCGGAGUACCGGUUCCACAUAAACAAGGACUUUUGCUCGGGUUGCCCGAACAAUUUCAACUACGGCAAGAGCCACAAUACCAAACAAGACCUCGAACAACUUGCCUCCGCCGGAAGUGAGUCUUUCAGGAAGAUCUUGUUCAACGGGCCCGAGGCCAUCUUCGAAGAGACGCUUGAUACUGCCUCACUCUACCAGGGCUUGCGAAACGAUGCCCAACUAACCUCAUUAGAGAAUAUGAUGGCUGGUCUGAGUACCUGGACACGGGACUUACACAAUGGUGGAAAUGAUGCACGGUAUACCAUGGUGGCAUUGAUUAUUAUUGCUUUAGAGGCAGCAGGAGAACACAAAGCCGCUGUGGCCAAGGAGUCGCCCCCGGGUUCAAACAUCUGA